UGCUCACGCAUACAUCCUGCAAAGCUCUUGCUCUUUCACUCCCGUACGAAGGACGAUAGGUACUCUUCCUCUGUGGUAACAAUGGCAACGGCAUAGCAGCUGGUUAAGGGGAAGGAUAUGGAUAGAUGAGAAUGAGGAGGAGGCACUGGCAAAGCCGGGUGGCCAAACGGAAUCAGAAUUAUUCGAGCUACAUAAACAUCGGAACGUUGACAAAAGCUGAUAGAUACAGCAGUGGUUUUGUGAUAAAUAAAUGUUUGGUUAUGUAAAGCGAGAAGCAAAAACAGCAGAAGAGGCCAGGAAAAAAGUUUCUAGCGAGAAAAUUUCGUUUUCAUUGCAGAUCAGCUAACAUUUGCUAAAAGGAUUCGCGUUAAAUCAGACAAGAAGCGGACACAUUUAAUUUUUAGAGCUUGCGCGUUCAAAUACAAUUUUGCGACGGUUACACAAGCAGUUUGUGCCGAACUCAAAAACAGAUAAAAGGAUAUAUGUACAUGUAUACAUAUACAUACAUAUAUGUACUAGACACAAAUCGAAAGCUUUCGCAAUACUGAAACGGAAAUUAAACUAAUUCGUCCUUCGUUGAGUAACAUUUAAAAAAAUAUAUAACUCAAUUAAAAUAUAAUGAGAUUUAUAAACGAGAAUCAACUUAAGUGAUGGAAAGCGUUUUAAUUUCUGAAGAAACUAGUUCCUACAAAAACAAUAAAUACAAAACAUUCACAAGUAGUCCGACUUAAUCUAAUUCUGUACUGCAGACCUUAGUAUAGCAGGAAUUGUGAUGUAAUACAAAGAUGAAAGUGAUUAAAGCAAACAGCGGAUAUUGCUUUACCUAAAUUAGAGGUUAAUAACGAAAAAAAUCAACUUCAUUUGAUUCGCCUCCUUCCACUUCUCCGCUGUACAAACGCGGCAGCGGGCAUGCAUACCUCAGCGGAUUCUACAAUUGCUUGCAGCAACGCCCAUCACACUCCAUUGCAAUUGUCUCCGCCCCGUCAGAAGUUAAGACCCGCCCUCAAUACGCACUCAAUUUCGCCUCCGUUAGCUAUAGCCUCUGUAGCUAAUUUGACAGAAGAGAAAUCUGGCUCCAACAGUGGCGGCAGCAACAGUAGUACCAACGACAACAGCACACCGCUUGUGAAACCGCCGUACUCCUACAUUGCCCUCAUCACAAUGGCCAUCCUACAAUCGCCGCAUAAAAAGCUAACACUAAGUGGCAUUUGUGAUUUUAUAAUGUCAAGAUUCGCAUACUAUAAGGAAAAGUUUCCUGCAUGGCAGAACUCCAUUAGGCACAAUUUGAGCCUAAACGAUUGCUUUAUUAAAGUUCCACGCGAACCAGGAAAUCCGGGUAAGGGUAACUUCUGGACAUUGGACCCAUUAGCCGAAGACAUGUUUGACAACGGAAGCUUCCUAAGGAGACGAAAGAGAUACAAACGUCCACCCGCUAUGCAGAGAUUUCCAUUUCCUGCGGUUUUUGGGUCUAUUUCGCCAUUUUGGAUUCGAAAACCUGUGCCUUUAGUGCCAGUUCAUUUUAAUGUCGCAAAUUUCACAGGCAAUCGUGAUUGCUUCGAUAUGUUGCAUGCGCCGACUGAUGUUUUCGAUGCGGCGCGGAGAGAAGAGAAAAAGUUCAACUUCUUUGCAGGUGCAGAUGUUCUUUCAUAUCAGAACAACGACAAAUUCGACAACAUAGUCUGUCAGAAUGCCUCGUUUAUGAGAAAAAACACAAACGUUCUCGGUGUGAUGGACGAUAAGCAAGACAACACCCAGGAUAAAUACAGCAGACUGCAUUCUUCUGUUGGAUCGGCGGCCAGUUUCAUAGAAGAACAGAAUAUCGAUUGCAGCAACUUACUCCAAUACAAAGAUUCUAACAUCUUCAAUGAAAGCGAUGAUUUGUCGUGUGAUAGAAUUGACGUCGAAAGCUCCAAUGAUCAUGACUCCCACAUAUCAGACUCAAUUGAUAGUGUAUGUACAAAUAAUAGAUUAGAUCCGCAAUUAGACGCUGAAGACGUCGUUAAAGGGAAUAAGGGUGAUGCAAAAAGAUCAUCUUCAUACAUUUUAUUAUUUGAUAAUUCAGAAAUUUCGAAUUGUUCAAAGGGUAACAAUAACUUUGUGGGUUUAAAAGAUACAUCGAAGGUAAAGUAUAAUGAUGAUGAAACCCACAAACAAACAAUAAUUCCCUUCGAGUACGAUCAUGUCAGAACAACAAAGCACAACAAUGCGAAAGAUUUUCGCAUAGAGGCAUUAAUUGGAAAUGUGGACGAGACCAACGGUUAGAAAUGAAAUUCUUGUAAAUUGCGUUCACAAUUUUUGUGAAUGAAGAAAUGUAAAUUUGUAUACAUUAUUGAAUGUUUGCUAUGAUGAACUUCAACCACAAAUAUGAUCAAAUAUGCGGUAACUUUUAAAAUGUAUGUAUAUUUCUUAAACUUGGUAUUCUGUAAAUGUGAGAAUCGCAAAUCAAAUUAAUGUGUUAUGUAAAUUGUAUGAGUAGCUUAUGAGUAUGAAAAAGAAAUUUAUAAAUAAACCAUCUAUCCAGUUUUA